AUGCCCCUGCCAAAGAGCGAAUACCUCUCCUCCGUCUGGAAAGACAACCUCUUCGUGGGGAAGGUCGUCUUCUGCACCGGCGGGAAUGGAACCAUCUGCUCUGCACAGGUGCGCGCCUUAGUCCACCUGGGGGCUGACGCAUGUAUCGUCGGGCGUAAUGUCGAGAAAACGGAGAGAAUGGCAAAAGACAUCGCGACUGCGCGGCCCGGGAGCAAGGUGAUUGGUAUUGGCGCCGUCGACGUCCGCAGCAUCGAGAGUUUACAAAAGUCGAUUGAGACCUGUGUAAAAGAACUGGGCGGGAUUGAUUUCUUAAUCGCCGGAGCAGCAGGAAACUUUCUUGCGCCGAUGAGCCAGCUAUCCCCGAACGCCUUCAAGUCCGUAAUGGACAUCGACAUCCUCGGCUCAUACAACGUGACGAAACUCGCGCUACCGUACCUCGUUGAAUCCGCGAAGAAACACAACUCUACAUCCUCCUUGCCUAAAUCCUCAUCCUCUGGCCCCGGCGGCCGCAUUAUCUACGUCUCCGCGACGAUCCACUACACCGGCCUCCCCCUACAAACACAUGUGUCCGUCGCCAAAGCCGGCGUCGACGCCCUCUCCGCCAACGUCGCUAUCGAAUACGGCCCUUUGGGCGUGACAUCGAACAUUAUCGCGCCCGGCCCGAUUGCCGGGACCGAGGGCAUGGACCGGUUGUCGAAGAAGCAUAAGGCCGGCGAGGGCCCGAGCAAGCGUAUCCCCCUCGGCCGGUGGGGCUUUAUCAAGGAGAUUGCGGAUGCCACGGUGUUCUUGUUCUCUGAUGCCGGAAACUAUGUUACCGGCGACAACCUAGUCGUUGACGGCGGAGCCUGGCGGACCGGCGGUGUCGCCCCCGGCAGCGACUUUGAGUAUCCAGACUUUUUGCUCUCGGGCAAAGAGGUAACGGGUGUGAGUGGAAGCAAGAAGAGAUCGGCCAAACUAUAA